AUGCAUUUGCGAUCCCUCCUACUCGGGUCCGCCGUGGCCUCAUCCACGCUGGCGUUCGGCAUCAACGAUUUCUCCUGCCGCAGCGAAAAACACCCAAACCCCGUCGUGCUACUGCACGGACUGGGCGCCACCUUCUACGAGGACCUGAACUUUUUGCAAUACUGGCUCCAAUCGCAGGGCUACUGUACCUACGCCCAGACAUACGGCGACUACGACGGCUUCCCUCUGCUCGGCGGGCUGAAAGCCAUCUCCGAAUCGGCGACCGAGAUCGCAGACUACAUCCACGAAGUCGCGGAAAAGACAGGAGCCGAGAAAAUCGAUCUGGUCGGCCACUCCGAGGGCGCGUUCCAGACGCUGUACGUGCCCAAAUUCGAGGAAGGGACGUCGGAGCUCCUGGAUAAGUUGGUGGCCAUCGCGCCGCCGACUCGGGGGACAAAUUUCGCCGGCAUCUAUAACCUGGCGUAUGCGUUUGGGAAUGCCUCGCGAGAGGCGGUCGGCGAGGUCUUGAAGACGGUGGGCUGUGCGGCCUGCGAUGAUCUGGGCCCCGACGGCGCAGCCAUCGAUAGGUUGAAUGACGGCCAGCCGAUUGUGCAGGCCGGGAACAAGUUGACGGUGAUUGCGUCGAAGCUGGAUGAGAUGGUGACACCCACGUCGACUUCUUUUGUGCACGAAAAGGGCGUCAACAACGUUUGGGUGCAGGACAAGUGCAAGUUAGAUCCCGUCGGCCAUAUCGGUGAGGCGUACGAUCUGAAUGUGUGGAACAUGGUUAAGAAUGCGCUGGAUGACACGCCGGAUCGCAAUUUCUUUUGCGUCUUGGGAUCUCCGGGAAAAUAA